UCAUACCCUGACAAAGCAAAAACAAAUUUACAGACAAUUCUCAAUAUUCAAACUCAUCUAAGAAACUCGGAAAUAUUUAAAAAUGGAGAAGUCAACCUCCAAACUUGUCUCUUUCUUGCUUGUUCUCUUCAUCGUUGCUCACUGUAAUAACCUUCGCUAUCAAUAUCCUCUCAUUUCUUUCUUCUGAACGAUUUUUUCUUACAAUACUUUGAUUUCAAUCAUCUUCUUAACAUCGAAAGUACGUUAAUUUUUUUGUUCCCGCAGAUGGAGAAGUAUCGAGAUUUGGAAGAGCAGAGGCAAGAGGUCUUCUAACAAGUAACAUUUUUGACCACUGCAAAAUGGAUGCUGAUUGCCAGGAUCUAUGUGGAAAUACGUGCAUGAUUCCUGAAUAUUCUAUAUGCGGAUGUGCCGAUAAUCAAUGUGGUUGUCAAUCUUCACUAUUCCCAAUUAACAUUCCUGUGGCCAACCAAGGAAAAAACUGAUAAUUAGUUCAUAAAAGCCUGCUAAUAUCGAUAAGAAAAAUGGAUAUUCAUAGUUCAUAAUAAAAGUUAAAUCAAUAGUUGUUGAUGGACUAGUUGCUAGCAAUGCUUAAGGUUCAUUUUUGGAGGUCAUAGUUUUUUGAACAAAAAAUUGCUUUGGGAGUUCAGCUACCAUAAAAACUGUUACAUAGGUUCAUCCUCAAUUCUCUUUUUUUCCCCCUCCUAUGAUCUUCAUACGCGACCAUUACUUCGUUCAUCGAAGAAUGUACAACUGUCCUUUGUGAAUUGUGAGUAAUAUUACGAAGAUGUUCAUCAUUUUAUGUUUUUCGCAUGUAGUGGUAAAUUAACACCCGGUAAAAGGAUUUGAUGUAAAAUCCCGACCUACAAAAUUAGUACGAGACCUUUUGCAGAGUAUAUACCCAAACGUAAAUUCGUGCAGUCUUGACAAAAAACAGACAAUAUCGAACUAAUUGAGCUACCCGGUCUCGCCAUCAACAUAUAAUAUACAUUGACUUAACUAACAUACUUGUGAUGUAGAUCUUGUGCUAUAGAGUUUCCUACCAAACCCUAAUAACCGGCCAUAGGCCAUAAGCCCAUAACCAAUGAGAAGUAGAGAAAUCUCGACGCGGGUUGGAUUUACGUGUUGGGCCCUUUAAACUUAACGGGCUCUUUCUCCGUGGGCCUGGUAAAGUCGGUGCCCCGUUUCACACUAUCGGUGCCCAAUUCCUAAGUCGGCGGGUACAGUUCAAACCCGGGAAAUAAAAACCUACGAAGCAGAACUUCUAAGCCUUUUAGUUGCUCCCUCCUUCGCCCUUCUCCCUUUUCCCGCCGCCGCCACAACCUCCGGCGUCUCGCUCCCCCGCGCCGCUUCCUUAUUGAUUUUCCUCUGACGCCGAUUCAAGCUUCAAGGUGCGUGAAACUUGGUCUUUUUUGCUUUAUCUGAUUCUGUUCCACGGAUUCGGACUCGGUAUGCUUUCAUGUUCGAUUUCCUUGUUUCCCCGUUAUGCUAUUUCAAUUAAUCUGCGGAACGAUUGAAGUUUUUUCUGAGUCUCAUGGCGUGAUGAAAUCCCUCGAUUGGGUUUCAUCGCUGAUACGGUUUUAGAGGGUUUUGAUUGAGGGAGGAGACGAUUUUUCAUUUUCUGCAACUUACUGUGUUUUAGGGUUUAAUUGAGGUUGGAGAAUUAAGCGUUGAGCGUGUGUGCUUGUUUCCGUUGUGUUUUGAGCAGAGGAUCGUCCGCGAUGGAUGAAGAUAAAGGGAUGUUCAAUGUCCAGCAGACGAUUGGUACAGUGCUCUGCUGCAGAUGCGGCAUCAAAAUGCAGCCAAACGCGGCCAACAUGUGCGUGAGGUGCCUUCGAUCGGAGGUGGAUAUUACCGAGGGUUUACAGAAGCAUGUGGUGAUCUCCCACUGCCCGGAAUGCGACUGCUACCUGCAGCCACCCAAGACCUGGCUCAAAGCUCAGUGGGAGUCGAAAGAGCUCCUCACAUUCUGCGUCAAGCGGCUGAAGAAUCUCAACAAGGUGAGGCUGAUCCACGCUGAGUUUGUCUGGACCGAGCCACACUCCAAACGGAUCAAGGUCCGGGUGACGAUCCAGAAGGAGGUCCUCAAUGGUGCGGUCCUCGAGCAAGCUUAUGUUGUUGAGUAUGUUCAGCAGGACCACAUGUGUGAGUCUUGCUCGAGAGUGGCGGCCAACCCUGACCAGUGGGUUGCUUCGGUGCAGCUUCGUCAGCAUGUUUCUCAUCGUCGGACGUUCUUCUACCUCGAGCAGCUGAUACUGAAGCACGAUGCUGCUGUGAAGGCUAUAAAGAUCAAGCAGAUGGAUCAAGGUAUCGACUUUUUCUUUGGGAACCGUAGCCAUGCUGUGAAGUUCCUGGAAUUUCUGGGGAGCGUUGUCCCGACCAAGAGCCGUGAUGAUAAGCAGCUGGUUUCUCACGAUGUCAAGAGCAGUAAUUACAACUACAAGUACACUUUCUCGGUCCAGAUCAGCCCGGUUUGUCGUGAGGAUUUGAUUUGCUUGCCUCAGAGGCUGUCUUCCAGUUUGGGCAACAUUGGGCCUCUUGUUGUCUGCACCAAGGUGACCAACAGCAUUGCACUGCUCGAUCCUUUCACAUUGAGGCACUGCCAUCUGGACUCUGAUCAGUAUUGGAGGCAUGGUUUCAAGUCGUUGCUGACCAGUAGGCAGCUAGUGGAGUACAUUGUGUUGGAUAUCGAAAUCCCCUCGCCACCAAUGGAGGCUAAAAUCGGUGGGGUCAGGUACCUAUUGGCCGAUGCCCAGGUGGCUCGAGUGUCCGAUUUCGGCCGCAACGACAACAUCUUCUUCGUGAGGACUCACCUUGGACAUCUUCUGAACCCAGGCGACCAUGCCCUCGGCUACGACCUCUAUGCUGCAAAUAGCAACGAUAGCGAGCUGGAGAAGUACAAGAAUCUCGUGUUGCCAGAGGUGGUCCUGAUAAAGAAGAGCUACGAAGAGGCGCGGCUGAGGAAACGAGGGAAGCCUAGGAAGUACAAGCUCAAGCACCUGGAGAUGGAAGUCGACGACAGAGCCAGGGUCGACGAAGAGAAGGAGAGGUCGGAUUACGAGCAGUUCCAAAGGGAUAUCGAGGAGAACCCCGAGCUGCGGUUCAAUCUGUCGCUGUACCGUAACAAGGAGUACCAGGAGGAGUCGGAUGCCGGCUCAAUGGCUGAUGAUGCUGCAGCUCCGCUGGAGGAGCUGCUUGCUGAUCUUGUGCUGCUUGAUGAGAGUGAUGAGGAGGAAGAUGAGGGCAUGAGAGAAUGAGGACAGAGUGUGUUGGGUAUUUCUUUUUGUGUUAUUCAGAGAAGUACUUUUAAGAUGGUAAAGAUUGAACUUUUGUUCUGUGACAUUUGUAGCGGUUGCUAAUUCUGUAAUCGUUGUAUGGGUUUGUUGAACUGAGCUGUGCUGGUGUAAGCCUUAUCUUAUAAGGAAUUUCCAAUCACUACUAUCUAUUUUAUUUGGAAUUCACAAUCUCACAGUGUGAUUAUAAUUUGCUUCACAAAUAUCAGCUCAAUCAAAUACACGCCACUGCUGACC